AGACGCCUUUCAGUCAAAGCUGAGGGCCACCAUGCCCCGUGUUCAUUCAACGCUCCUGCUGGAGAGAGAGAGAGAGAGAGAAGGGAGGAGGACUCUGCGAAACAGAAUGGACUGUCAACACAGAAACAUGGCCGCCUCUGCGACGGCCAAGGCAAAUAUCGGGCAGAACUCGACGGCAGGCGGUGUGAAAUGCUGCGAGGAGUCUAUGCCGCAGUGUCGGGAAAUAAUCAAACCCACCAUCAUCGAGCUGACUAAAGAAGUUCGGACGAACAUCCUCUGCACCGUGGAAGGAUGUGGCAAAAUUCUCCCCAACUCACCUGCGUUGAACAUGCAUCUGGUAAAGUCGCACCGAAUAAAAGAUGGAAUUGUCAACCCCACCGUCAGAAAGGAGAUGAAGGGCUCUCAAAAACUUUACUGCUGUCCCAUCGAGGGCUGUCCCAGGGGCCCCAACAGACCUUUCUCCCAGUUCUCCCUGGUGAAGCAACACUAUAUGAAGAUGCAUGCGGAGAAAAAACACAAGUGCACCAAAUGCGACAAUUGCUACAGCACAGAAUGGGACCUGAAGAGGCACACUGAAGACUGUGGGAAGACCUACCAGUGUACAUGUGGCUGUCCCUAUGCUAGCAGGGCUGCUUUGUUGUCUCAUAUCUACAGGACUGGUCAUGAAAUUCCUACAGAACACAGAGUCCCUCCGGUAAAAAAGCGAAAAAUGGAGAAACUUUUGAGUGUUUCUGAAAAAGUUAAGGUUCAAUAUUUGGCUGUUCAAAUGAUGCCUGUUACUAAAGAGGUGGCGGAGAUGCCCGUCCCCUCUGAUUCAGCUGUGUACAUCCUAGAUCCAUUGAAACAGAACUCUAACCCCCAUAAGGGCCUUCAGAAGUUGCUCCUCCCAAAACCCAACAUGGCUUUAGUCAGCGUUCCAGUUAUGCAACUGGCCCAUCUGCCUGUCCUCCUUCCUUCAACAGAAAGUGGCACUCUGAGGUCUGUAGUGCUUGCGAUCGAUAACCAAGGCUCUGUAAGCACCCUUCAGCUCCUGCCACAAACCCCAGGAGCAGUCCUACCCCAACUCGAUGUAAAAAGUUUUGCUUUCAAGGAUUACAUGCCCUCUUCACAUUCUAGCCAGGGUCCUAUCAGCACGGGGGUUCAGGUCAAUCUGGAUCCUGUGAGUACAGACGACUCAGCCGGCAGCGUGGCAGGACAGCGCGGAAGAAGCACCUCAACCAACAUCCAGACGGACAGGUCCUACUUGUCAAAAACGCCGGCGGUGGGGGGAGUUGGAGAAGGAAUUGGGCUGUGUUCUGUGAGUGAGUCCUCGGUGUCAUCCUGCUCCCAAACAGACAUCAGUGUGAGCGCACAAGUCCUCCUUCCAGUUAGUGUUGAAACUCAAACAUUCGUUUCCAGAGCCAAAUCCACAUCAUCUGUUGGAGCUCAGACAGACAGUCAGUGCCUGAGCCAAAUUUCCCCCUGCUCAUCUGUGCUGCCUUACAAAACUAAGCAGACACAGACAUAUUUUGCAAUGCCGCAACUGGAGGAGAAGGCUCAGGACCAGGCUGUUAUGUGCUCUGAUCUUUUUGAGAAUGAAUCUCUUAGUGUUUCUACCCAAACAUGCACAGACAUAAAUGAGACCCUUAAUGCCGCAGGAAACAAUCUAUAUGAGGACUCAAAGUCAAUGGGUGGUAUGUGUUUUGGAGUGCAGACACAUGAGCCUAGUCCAAGCAACAUGGCAGACAAUCAGACCCAAACAAUAACUCUUUUAAAUGACCUGGAGAACAUUCUGUCUGGUCACCAGGUCCUCACAGAGGCCUCCUCUGGCUGUGGGUCAGGCCCAGGCUCUGUUCAGGAGCAGCACAAUGGCAUAGACUUUGACUUUGAGGAGUUUCUUAAUGCUGUGCACAUUCAGACACAGACGGAGGAGAGUGAACUGGGUGUUCUGGGUGGUGACGCGCCACUGGAAUCUUUGGACAUUCAGACUCAGACAGAUUUCCUCCUCAUGGAUGAACUGGACCAAAGCGAGGGUCAGAACCGAUCCCAAGCCAGCGACCUUGAGCUAUUUGACACUCAAACUCAGACUGACCUCAAUUUCCUACUAAAUGCUGGAAGCAGCAUGCCCCUGAGCAAUAUUUUGCGACAUUCAAGCUUUUCUAUAAGCACAGAGUCUUCAGAUACUGAAACACAGACCGACCUCCCCUCAUUUGCCGCAGGUCCUUCCUCGCAGACCCACACAGGUCAGGGUGAGCAUGGAAGGAUGCUGAACAGCACAGAAACUCAGACCGUGACCAGUCAGGCAGAGAGCCUGGGACACCUUUUCCUGACCAGCAAUGAAACACAGACUGUAAUGGAUGACUUCCUGUCAGCAGAUCUGGCAUGGAACAUGGAGUCACAUUUGAGCUCCGUGGAAACCCAAACAUGCGAGGAGCUUUGUGCCCUCUUUCAGCACUCUGACAAACCAAAAAGCUGAAAAGUCACAUAAUGAAGUUUUCUCCAAGCCUUUUGCAGAACAGCGUUCUGAUAUAUUCCACUUUCUUCAAGAGGAAUGAGUUCGUGUUGUUCUAGUAGCCAUUUGACCAUUCCAGAGGGGCAGUCACAUCCACAGCAUUUGCAGGUGUUUGCACUGAGGCAGGGUUCUUACAAAGCCAGAAAAGUCUGGAAAAGUAUAGGAUUUUAUUUAACUGUUCUACAAGUAUUGAAAAUGUUUUAUUUUCAAUCUUCAAUUUUUUAAAGGACAAUAAUCUAAUAAUUCUUAAUAGAUGCAGUGGUUUUUACAUAUAUUUAUUUUUAAAUUGCUUUCUUUAUUUUGAUUUGCCACAUCAGACCUUGAUUUAAUAUUCUAGCCAUCAGCAAGUUGAUUUUUGGUAUCCUGACUAAAGCCACACUCAUUCAAAAAGCAUAAAUGGAGCCAGUUUACUACUCUUUGGAUUUAAGACCACUUCCAAUUAAUGUUUAACACAACAAACAGGAAUGCUACACUUCAAAAUAAGAAGCCUGUUUCAACACUUUUCAGGAUUUGUGGAACCUACAAAUCAGAUUUAUAUUUAGGCAGUUAAAGCUGCAUGUUUCUGUACUCAAAUGCUUAAAAAGUAGGGACAUUUUAGUCUAGAAAAGUAUGGAAUUUUGAAAUGGGGAAUAAAAAUAUGUAGGAACCCUGCAGACAGCUUUGGUGCACUUUAUUAGCUCAGUGGGCAUAAUUUAUUAGCUCCUGUAACAGUUUACAUAUUUAUUUGCACGCAGUAAAUAUUGUAUGUGUUUUGUCUGAAAUGCCACUUAACUUGGCAUUUGAGUGGUUUGUAACAAUUGGUCAUUGGCAGUUGUAAAACUGCCAGGUUAAAGCUUCUUGAACUACCUGCAUCUCAGCAGCACAGGAUGCAAUAACAUACAUUGUGUUUACAUGUAAAAGGCGCAUGAAACCUUUACAAGGCUGGCCGCACAAAGUGGCUACUGUCUGCAUCAGAUGGCUGACCUGUCGGCCACAAGGGACACUGUAAACUCUGCUUUACAUGCUAUAUAACAUGACGUUUAUGAAAGACUUGACCAAUGAGUCAGUUUUCCUUUUCAACACCUUUGCACACCAGGCCAUUGCUCUAAACAGCUCAAAUACUGAAUUAUCUGAAAUGUACAAGUAUGCAUUUAACUUUGCCACAAGGGUAAAAAUGUACUUACUGAAGUCUUACUAGUUUUUGCACACUUUUUUUUUUAUUGAAAUGUGAUUGUGAUGUCUAAUGUGGGAAAACAAAAACUAGUAGGGAAGUUCUCCAAGUUACUUAGUGGGCUUGGCUGUCAUCGUCUGAUUUAUUCAUUAGCUGGAUGUAAGUUUAUACAGUAGCAGAGCUGUGUGCUGAAGUAACCCUGUAUUGUUAGUGUGCAGUACACAGUGAGUUAGGGCAAGGAUUAGCACUGUUACUGUGUGUUUACCACCCGAUAGUGACUGACAUAACCUUUUAAUUUCAGUGUCUUCUCCAAAAGUGGCUCAAUCUAACUUUUGUUUUAAUUACCUCAUGGCAGAAUAGUUUAUGUUCUAAAAGAGAACGUUCUAGGCCUUGUUUGUGUUGUCUGUGCCUUAAUUCUGGUAUUAACUUUUGUUUGGUUCCAUAUAAUUUGCUGAAUAAAAUAGAAUCUAUUUAACAGCAUCCAUUUGGUCCUUACGUUGCAUGUUUAAUGCAUUUAGUAGAAAUGUUAUCCACAUGGUCGCAUGAUGUACCAAAAUAUUUCUGGUUGGUUUUGAUCAUUUUGUCAUAUGAAAUGAUUGCUGUUGAGCACAUCAUCAAUGAAACCUGUUCAUUUGUUUCAAUCUCAUCAUUUCAUGGGUAAGUGGUUUUGUUCUUACAAUUUAAAAAUAUUAGCAAAUUGAAGAAAGUAUAGAAAAAAGCACAGUGUCUAAGUGUACCAUAAUUGUUUCUUUUUUUCUUCUUUUUUUUUUGCACAAUUUUUGAUGGAUAUUGGCCCAUCUUAAGGUUUUUGGGCACCUUGUAAAUUUGACUAUUUAUUGUUUGUUGUCUUCUAGUUUGUGGUUCUUAAAUUCAGAAAAAAAACAGCCUUGCUUCCAGCUUGUUAAAUGGAACAGGAAUCUGCCUUGCUUUAAAAGGAACUAUAUUUAGGCUUUGUUGGUCUUAAUUGUCAACAACAGUAUUUUCUUCCUGUGAAGGAGUGCAUGCACAAUUUAUGUUUCAGUUGCCUAAAUGUGUAGUUAUCAGUUGCCUUGAUUAUUUGUUAAAGCUACACUUCAGUUGUCAAUAAAUAUUGGAGACAUA